UCCCAGACUGUACCUUACAUUGGAUCAAUCACUUGCUUUUCAUUUAUUCUUCUCUCUUUUUGGAUAGUGAAGACUUCCAUCAGACAAGAAGUCUUAAGGGGGUUUCACCAUUAUAGUUCAUCAAAGUUAACUCCAGGAUGCUCAAACGGAAACAAAGCUCGAGGGUAGAAGCCCAGCCAGUUACAGACUUUGGCCCUGAUGAAUCUUUGUCUGACAACGCAGAUAUCCUGUGGAUUAACAAACCAUGGGUUCACUCUUUAUUACGUAUCUGUGCCAUCAUCAGCGUCAUUUCUGUUUGUAUGAACACCCCAAAGACCUUCGAGCAUUAUCCUCCUCUUCAAUAUGUGACAUUUGCUCUAGAUACACUCUUGAUGUUUCUCUAUACUGCAGAGAUGAUAGCAAAAAUGCACAUCCGUGGAAUAGUCAAGCAGGAGCUUUUAAUGUGAAAUGUGUCUCUACUUUGGCUGAAGGUAAGUAUUAAACUUAGAGGUCUCUUGACUUUGACUUGUCAUAAUAUCAAAAUACGAUGUGCAAAUUUCUUUAGUUCAGAAUGUAAGAUAAGAUUUAAUGAAGGUUUAAUAAAAGCAGGUUAUUGUGUAUUUUAAGAACAAGCAGUUCUUCAUAUUUGAGGGAGAUAACAGCUUUUUUUCUAUGUUAACUGCAAUUGAAGUAGAUAACUCCUCUCAUAGAUGGGAUCCAAAUUAAACAAAAAACAAGAAACGUAUUUUUCAUGUUGAGGAUAAAACUGUUUAAGAGGCUAUUACCCAGUACAAUAUCUGAUCCUGGUGAUGCCUCAGUUUCCUGCAGUGAGACCAUAGAUUUACCCUUCUGAUUAAAUCAUAGAGUUCAUAUCUGUUGCCUUAGAAAUAGUAUUUAAAGGUUUGUUUUUUGGGAAUUGGCUUAUAGGUAUAUGUAUUUGUAUUAGAAUGGUUCAGGAUGGACACCAGGGAUUAAUUGAUUUCUAAAAAGCUUGGGGGUCAUGCACAUAGUUUCACACAGCCUUCAAAGCAAACAGGAUGUCUAACACAAGGCCAGCGGAAAUACACAGUCUGAGAAACUGGGGGCAUGUACCAUACUGUUCCAUAACAUGAGAUAAGGUGGCAUCAGCUAACAAGGCCCCAGAGCAGGGGGUGGGGAGUGCUGAGUCCUGAUUUUGGGCGAACAGACCAGAUUAGGAGAAGACCUGGAAAGACCCAAUUAGUAUGCGUAUAUACGAUGAGCUACGUGGAUGUAUGACAGCCAUACAGAGAGACCAGUCAGCGAUAGUCAUGGAUGAAGAGUCAUCAGGAGGGAAGGAGAAUACAAAAGAAGAACUUGAGAGUAAGGAAGGGUCCUACCCAGGUCCCUUCUCCCCAUCCUGCCCGGCUCUUCCUCCUCAAGAGGGCUCCCUGUCCCCUGGGAGGGUCCCAAAGCCACCAUGGGCAGAGGACACACCACCAGCCCAUCUCAUCCACCCCACUGUGGGGGGGAGGCUCAGUAUCCCACCCCCAGGCUGCUGACAACUGGCACCUGAGAGAGAGCCUCAGAGUGAAGACUGCA